GCCCCAAGCCUUGCCAUUUUGAUUUGAGCAUUUACCAGUACCUGUAUAUAAGAGACAUGAAACAGACAUCGACUCCUCAGUCCACAAGUACCUUGCUUAUCACUCACAUCCAAUGACUAGCGUGCUCACUGGGGAGAGCGCCCUUGCUUUCUUGCUCCUUCAUGAUCCUGAGGAGGCACAGAACGUCGGGCUUCGCCUCCCGCUUGAAAGUAUUAUAGACCAAAUGCCGGGGACGACCGACAUAAUCAAGGAUAUUCCGGCAAAACUGACCGUUAAAACCACGAACCAAAACCCCCUGGAACAAGACAUCACAGUGGAGGCGAUAGGAACUUUUAUACACAGUGGGCCAUUCAAAUACGGUGCCGACAAGAAAUAUGCUCUCAAGGACUGCAAAAAUGUGCAUGGCACCCUCUAUGUCAGAGGCUCGCUCCCUCUACCGGGACCGAGUGGGUUUAAUGCACAACAAUUCCCACCCUACCCUUCCGCUGAGCCAGGGACUGCGUCUGUUGCGGGUCGUGUCAUAAUUGACUUCUGGACCAAAAUGAGGAUUACUGCUGUGGUAUGAGUUUUAAAACUAUCUGAAAGUCAUACAUUAACGAACACCCCACUCAAACCCCACU